AUGUCCAAAAAGCUAUCGAAUGAAGAAAUAGCACGAGAACUAGAUGAAUACUUUGCUAAUUCUGAAUCUGAAGAUGAAUUAUACGAUUUUGAUCUAGCUAAUGAUGAUUCUGAUCCUAGUUUUUAUCAAUCGAGACCAGUUGAUAAUAAUUUUAUUUUGAUAUAUUCUAAUACAAAUUCACAGUCAAAUGCUAAUGGUGUAUAUAAUUCUAAUCAAGUGCAAUAUAAUACACCUACUGAGAUUAGCCAACACGAUUUACAAGCCUCUGGUCUAUUACAUAAUGACCAAUAUUUAUUCAAAGAUGUUGAUAUUGAUGAAGCUCUGGAAAAUUUUGAAACUGAUUUCCAAGACUAUUUUUCACAGAAUGAGUCUUUUCAGUCUCCUUCAAGUAUUACACAUGACAUAAAUAUCAUUUAUUUCAGUCAAUGCAUUCUACAGUCAAGAGUAUCUUCAGAUGCAUUUUCAUCUAACAUCCAUAGACCCUCAAGAUCAUCUAAAGUUCCUAAGGCAAUCAAGACAUUAAAAUGGAAAAAAAAUGCAAAUAAGUUUCAACCAAAAAUUCAUAAAUUUAACUCAAUCAAUAGUGUUGUUCAAUGUGAAGAGUUUGAUUUAAAUGAAGCCUCACCUGUUAUAGAUUAUUUUGAAGCCUUUAUUACAAAUGAUUUGAUUGGAAAAAUUGUUUUGAGACUAACAGGAGUAACUAUUUUAAUGGCUAGGAACAAAAAGUUAAAAAUGCAUGAAUAUUGGUCAACUAAUGAAUUAUUACGUCAGGAUAUUUUUGGUAAAUGUAUGAGUAGAGACAGAUAUUUACUUCUCUUGCGUUGUAUUCACUUCUGCGACAAAAGUCAACAAAUCAAAGGAGAUAGGCUCUACAAAAUUAAAAUGGUUUUGACUGAAGUAAGAAAGAAUUUCAAAGAUGCUAUGAUUCCUUUUUCAAAUCUGGCCAUUGAUGAGAGCUUACUUUUGUGGAAAGGGCGUCUGUCAUUUAAACAAUAA